AUGAAAGAAAAUAACGUAAGGUCUCUCCUUUUCGUUAAAGUUGCCACCAUCCUCCUUUUGGCGUAUACAAAUCAGACUUGCAACGAUUCGAACAAACUUGGAACAUCAUUGGUUGAGGAUGCGACUGCCAAUGGCGAAUUUGGUUUAAGAGUUCAACGAUUGUUAGGAGGAAGCCGAUCGAGCCGAGAUUCCAUUUUUGCAGAUUCUUUUUAUGAUGACGACGAUGAUGAUGAUGAUAAUAAUGAUAAAUUAUUCGAUUAUGAUUCUGAUCACAAAUCAAGACGUGAAGUAAAAGAUAGGCACCAUCGCCACCGCCACAGUCAUAGCCAUCGUCAUAAACGUCGACACAGCCAUAAACACCGCACAUCAUCAAGAUCACGACGUGAAAAAGAGGAAAGUAGUACUACUAAUGAUGAUGAUGAUGAAGUACUUAGCUUAUCCAGAUUUGAUGUUGACGACGAUAAGGACGACCGAAGUCACUCCCGAUAUAGUGUAGACUAUGAUGAUGAAAACGAUGAUGAACCCAGUUCAUCACGACCUGCAUCUACUGAUUAUGAUGAUAUAAUAGAUCUUACGAAUGCAAGAAGAUCUGGUUCAAAAUACAGAAUAUCAUCAAUGGAUAUCGAAUUAUAUCCAGAACAUGAAGAUGAAUAUCUUUUUGAAGGAAAAAGACGAUCUGGGGGUGUGCUUAAAAAAGCCGAUAAUUAUUGUGAAAAUAAAAUCUUCGAUGCCUUGAGUGCUUUAGACAAAUAUAAGGAAUAUUAUGGGGAAGAGAGAAGAGUUAUGAAACAAGCUGCUUAUAGGAAAGCUACAAAGGUAUUUGCUAUUCCUGGCGCAGCUGCACUAUCUCCACUCAUAAUAACGUUGUUCUUAACGACGAGUAAUGUUGUUGCUUUACCUUUGGCAGCUUCCGCUGUUAUAUUGGGUGGAAUUUUGUACAAAAAAAGUAAAGACAAAAGUGACUAUGGAAGACCUCACUUAAAAAGCAUAACUUACUAA